AUGAAUAAAGGAAUUGCGUUGGAAUUCCGCAAAAGAUUUGGAAACCUUAAGGAACUUCAGAAGAAAAAUCGAAAAGUAUCAGACAUCCUAAUGUCACAGGCAGAACAUCGGAAGUUACUCUAUAUCAUCAUCAAGAAAUUGUUCUAUCAUAAACCAACAUAUGAGACAAUUUUCCACAGUUUACAGAACCUCAAGGCGUACUGCAUACAAAAUGGUAUUACAAGACUCGCUUGCCCCAAACUAAGCUGUGGUUUAGAUGGACGCAAGUGGGAAGUCAUCCGUGACAUGCUACGAUUCCUCUUCCGUGGUUCCUCGGUGCAUAUUCUAGUAUACACACGAGAUGAGCUGACGGAAGAAGGCAAGCAACGGGUCAUACAAGAGCAUCACGAAAAUCCACUUGGUGGGCACCAAGGGAUUUCACGGACGUAUAGCAAGAUAUCCCAAUUAUACCAGUGGAAAGGGAUGAGGGCACAAAUCAGAGAGUAUAUAAAAAAAUGUCCAGUUUGCCAAGUCAAUAAAACUCCGAAUCAGACUAUCCGGGAGCCCAUGGUUAUAACGACCACUGCAACUAGACCCUUCGAGAAAAUCUAUAUGGAUAUUGUAGGACCUUAA